AUGGAGACCCAAAAUCUAGAGGCAGCUUCGAAUUACAUCAAUAAUUUGUUGCUGGCCCGAGGACUGUUGAAAAAUGGCAAACCAAUCAAUUUUGCGCAACCUGACAACGCCGACGAGGGAUCAGAUGCCACCAUGGCGCAGAUUAUCAACCUGGUCAAUGACCUUGUCGUGCGAAGAGAACGAGAGGCCGAACAUCGCGAAAAUCUGGCGAGCACCAUACGAAAUUUGCGAGUUACAGAAUCGCAGCAAGUGGACGAUAUUGAGAAACUAAAAACCAAAAACGAAGAGCUAAAGCGAUCAGUCGCCCUCGCCGAGGGACAGCAGCGAGUUAUGAAGCAGAAUUUAUCGAGCGCAGAGACAACGGUGCGACAGCUGAAGGAGCAGGUGCAAAAACUCAAAACAACAGUUCAACAAGUCCGAGCGCAAUGUGCGAAUGAUGCUCGAAAACGAGAUACGGAAUUGCAAAAAUUAAAGACACAUCUCAGUGAGCGACAGCGAGGAAAACGGGAGGGUUUGGGAGUGAUUACGAUCAAUAUCAAUCGCACCGCGGACAAUACGCACAAAUCCGCACCUGACGUCAAAAAUCCAGGCUACAGCCUGAAACAAGAGACGACCGAGUUCUUAACUCAGCUCUGCCAGAAUUUGAGCGACGAAAACGAUACCUUGAUCAACUUGUCACGAACAACCAUACAGACCCUCAGAGAGCUACAAGGACUCUCAGAUGCGCCGGAUGGAGACGCAUCGCAGUCGUUUAGUCAAGGAGGUGCAGUUAGCACCAUACCUACCAAUGUCAUGGAUUUGUCUGCAGAAAUGGAUACAGUACUUGACCACUUGCGAACGCUACUGACAAACCCAUCCUUUGUUCCUCUCGAGGAAGUCGAGCUUCGCGACGAGGAGAUCCUUCGGCUUCGCGAAGGUUGGGAGAAAAUGGAAGUGCGUUGGAGGCAGGCUGUUUCCAUGAUGGACGGUUGGCACAAACGCAUAUUAGAUGGGGGGGACUCGAUAGAUCUAGACGAGCUUCGAAAGGGCAUGAGUCUGGACUCGGGGCUGGGCCGGUCGAUAGCAGAUGAUCCCUCGCCGCUUUACGAUGAAGACAACAUAUCGGAAGAUGAGGAACAAGGCGACCAAGAAGCAGAAGAGGAGGAUGAAAUUGCCGAGCCUCAGGCGAAGAUUCUGAAGCCCACGCUAGCCAAACCUCCUAUUCGAGCACUGGGCGAGCGAAACAAAAACGUGAAGUCGAGGGCAUCAAACCGCAAAGUGUCCUUUUACGAGGGAACGAUGGAUACAGAACCCGAUCAGCCAAGCGACAAAGACGAAACUCUUCAGGUCAAGGCGCAUAUAUCUGAGGCGGUCACUCAACGGCCAUCGCGUAGAGCAUCUUCUCAGAUUCCUCAAACAAAUCCUAAAGCGAAAUUGUCAAUUCAAGAGAAACUAGCAGCCGUCGAAGCCGAAGCAAAGGAAGCAGCGGAGGAGGCCACUGGGCCAGACUCCAAGAAAAGAAGUCGAACCAAACGCGAACCUGUCCCUAAAAAGACUAGAACUCGUCGACGGAGCACGCUCACUAAUGAUGAAUUGGAUCAAUUACUUGGUGUGUCCAAGUGA